AUGGACGAGGUUACCCCUACGAAUGCCAAAACGGCAGAUGGUCUCAAUAAUGAUGAUCUGGAGCUGCAUGCACAAGGUUACGAUCGUGAGAUGCCAAGGCGCUUUUCCUUGGUAUCUCUGAUCUCGCUUUCCUAUGCGUUGUUUUCUACAUGGAACGGUUACGGUAGCUCAUUUGGCAUAGGCUUUACUGAAGCCUCCUCUGCGGGCUCACUGUACAGCCUCAUCAUUGCUGCCGCCAUGACAGCCUUAACAAAUGCGGGAAUGGCUGAGCUUGCCUCGGCCUAUCCCGUUGCUGGAGCCCAGUACUACUGGUCAUUUGUCGUAUCCAGACCGGACUGGGCUCCAUUCGCUUCGUACAUGGCUGCCGGCGUCAGCACUCUUGGUUGGUGGCUCGGCCUCGCUAGUGUCACGAACUUUGUGGCCGCCAUGAUUCUUGGUAUUGCCCAGCUUAGCUAUCCCGAAUAUACCAUCACCCGCUGGCAUACUUGGCUCGUGUUCGUGGCCAUCACAUGGCUUGCAGUUGGAUUCAACGUGUUCUGCACGAAGUGGCUGCCCCUAUGGAAUAAGUUUAUGCUAUAUUUCUCUAUAAUUACGAUGACUGCCACGACAGUCACCCUGUUUGCUUGUGCGGCGCCCAACUUCCAGACAGCAAAAUUUGUCUUUACGGAUACCACAAACUCAACAGGCUGGAGCAAUGACGGCUUUGCGUUCCUGCUUGCUAUCCUAAACGCACUAUACGGAUUCCUCGGCGGAGACGCUGGAGCCCACUUGUGUGAAGAAGUGCCGAAUCCAAAAGUGAACGUACCGAAGGUGAUGAUGUAUCCGAUCUUGAUGGGUGUGAUCAGUGCCCUCCCUUUUGCUAUUGCCUUGUCUUUCGUCAUCACCGACUUUGAAGCUGUCCUUACCACACCAACUGGACUGCCCCUGAUCGAGGUCUAUUAUCAAGCUACUGGUAGCAAGGUUGCCACAUCCAUUCUGAUGACCGCAUUUGCUGUUUGCUUCUUUGGAUGCGCUACUGCCAAUAUCACCACCUCUAGUCGGCAGAUGUGGUCGGCCUGCAGAGAUGAUUGCUUCCCGUUCUCCAAAUACUGGAAGCAGAUCCACCCACGCUGGCAAAUGCCCGUGAAUGCCUGUUGUCUCUCUGGCACUCUCGUGACGCUGUAUGGGCUCAUAUUCCUGGGUUCUUCCGCGGCAUUUGCUUCUAUGGUCGGAGCCUGCAUUGUUUUCAUGACAACGUCAUACGCCAUUCCUCAAGGCAUCCUGGCAUGGCGCGGGCGAGACAAGGUUCUCCCACCUCGAGCUGUGAAUCUGGGCCGAUGGGGCCUAGUCCUCAAUAUCUUGAGCUGUGUCUGGGUAGCUUGCAUCAAUGUCGUCUACUGUAUUCCUACAACCUACCCAGUCACCCUCGAGAACAUGAACUGGAUAUCUGUUGUGACAGUGGGAAUCAUCGCCUUUCUUCUCAUCAAUUGGGUUACCAACCAGAAAUAUGUUUUCAAAGGCCCGAAUAUCAACUUUGAAGUUUUGAAUGCGAACGCUCAUGAUUUUGUGGAGAAACAAACGGAAACGAGCACAUCGUGA